AUGUGCAGAGUUCAUUCAGUCACCACUGAUAAGAAGGGAGCCCGCCCUCACAAAUCAGAGAUUGUACAUGCUGUUGGAUUUUACACUAUCAUAAUCAAGAAAAUCCAGGAGGUUCCUCGAGCUAAAGCCCUAUACAGCUACAGAGGACACAACCCUGGAGAACUAAGGUUCAACAAAGGUGACAUUAUUAUAUUGCAUCGUCAGCUGGAUGAAAACUGGUACCUAGGAGAAAUCAAUGGGGUCAGCGGAGUUUUCCCAACAAACUCAGUGCAAGUUAUCAAACAGUUGCCACAGCCGCUAGCCCUGUGCAGAGCACUAUAUAACUUUGAUCUGAAAUCCAGGAAUAAAAAUGAUAAGGACUGCCUGACUUUUCAUAAGGGUGAUAUAAUCACUGUAAUCAGCCGAGUGGAUGAGAACUGGGCAGAGGGGAAAUUGGGUGACAAAACUGGAAUUUUCCCCAUCUUGUUUGUGGAGCCCAAUACAACAGCACGACAACUCCUCCAAACAAGCAAAAGUCUGCAGUCUUCACCCUUACGGAGACCCUUGCCUAGAGCGAAAUGCAUGGAGUCCCCUGAUUUCUGCAGAGGGUCAGAAUCUAGAAGGAAGAGCAUGAAGCAAUUCUCAAUUACCACUGCCUUAAAUACUCUCAACAGGAUGGUCCAUUCGCCCACAGAGCGGCAAUCUCUGGAGAUCAGCUCUCCUGUGCUCAUCAGCUCCAGCAAUCCAUCUGUGGCUGCCCAGAACAAUGAGAAAACAGAAUUCCCAUAUAGCACCCCUGCUCAGGUCAAUACUUCCUAUUACUCUACGCCUGGAUCUCUGGGGAAUUCUACAGCCAUUGUUACUUUUCCCCACUUACAGCAACACCUGUCAGUGAAUAUGUGCGUUGCUUUACACUCCUAUACAGCUCAUGGUCCAGAUGAACUAGAACUGCAAAAAGGAGAAGGCAUUCGUAUUUUGGGGAAAUAUCAAGAAGGCUGGCUAAAAGGAAUGUCGUUGGUCUCAGGAAAAGUUGGGAUCUUCCCUAGCAAUUACGUCACUCCAUUUUUCAGGAAAUCAUCAAGUUUCCCUGAUUCAAGAAUGCCUUCCCUCUAUGCUACUUGGACAUUAUCUACUUCCUCACUUUCAUCCCAGGGAAGCAUCUCAGAGAAUGGCCCAAGGCAAAGCAGAUCUUUGAAAUCCGCCUUCAUGCCGACAUCUUUGGCCUCACCUAUGAGGGAUCUCUCUGUGCCAGCUGCUUCAGGGCAAACAGCAUCACAGAGGAGGGGACGUGGCAACAAUAGGAAGAAUGGAUCUCUUCAGAAACCUGUGCAGCCUAUAGCUCUUAUUCCACUCAUCGGCUCCCUGAGGCGCACUUCUGCCACCCCUUUACGACCCCAGCAAUCUCCAAUAUAUCAGCAUAUCUCCAGUCUGCCCCGAGGAGCUGGCACAGCUGACACAGGAGCCAGGCUAAAUUCUUCCCAUGAUUCUUCAUUGGUGUUAGUGCCUCGGAGUGGAAACAGCAGAGCUCCUUCUGUGUGUAGCUCAGUACUAGACACCAAAGAAUUGCCAACAAAAGGCGAAUUGACUCUAAAGCCACCUGCAUCCGCUCCACCCUCCAUACUGGUGAAGCCAGAUACCUCCAGAAACACUACUGAGAAGCAAGUGAAAACAGUGAGGUUUCAGAACUACAGCCCUCCACCAUCCAAGAGACACAGCUCUCAGUUUUCAUCCAGCCUGCCCAAUGGCAAGACUGAGCAAGGAGGAGCUACUGAAGCCACACAAACAGAAGCAACGAAGGGCCCUGAUGCCUCAGCUCUCUAUUCCCACCGCAUUGGCUCUAGUCCGGUUCAUCAAAGAAGGAUGCUGCAUCCCAAGACCUCCUCCCUGGACCUUUCUAGCCAAGCAGGUCACCUGACCUUUCCUACAAAAAAGAAUUAUAACAGCACCUCUGAAAAUUGAUAAAAGGUUAAAAAGAUGAGAAAAGAACCACUUUAAAGAGCCGAAUAAAAAAAACUGAUGAGUGAGUUCAGCUUGCAAUGAUUUCUGAAUGUCCAUGGCUCUGAUCCCUACAUGACAGAUGGGGAAGAAGAACAGCACAAGGUUGCCUGUGGCUUGCAGGACCUCAGAUACUCUGCAAGGACAACUCUGAUUCCAUAGACAUCCAUGCAGAUGCAUCCAUAAAAGCCCAGUGUCAGCAAACCACUUUAACCCACACCACUAACAUGGCUUUGCUCUGGCACUUCAGCUACUUCUAGUGUUGUCAGUGGCUCUAACACUUACGCCUUUCUGACAGGAACACAAGGGGAGGGGGGAAUUGCUGUGACACAUGAAUGCAUUUUUAUUUCCAUAAAUAGCCAUGUUUUGUCAUUGCGGGGAAAAGGAGGGAAAGGACCGUGACACAAGAAGUUUCACAUAUGA